AGAAAAACACCCCUCUGCCUCUGCUGCUUACUACUACAGGGCUCUUAAGACAACCAUGAGUCAUCGCCGUGACGACCUGCCCUUGCCGUUACAGCAUGCAGACACCGACCUGCGCUCCGCUAAGAGGUGACUUUGAUACUCUCCACCCCCCACCCAACCCUGAUGAAUAUGCCAGGAUCUCAUGAUGACGACUGCUAACAGCACAGACCCUGGCUCCUACCUUGCCCCGAGUGCAGCUGAAGCAGCCAUCUACUCCGAGAUCACCUCCUGGACCGACGUCCCAGGCCGAGAUGACGUCAACAACACCCUCCUGCAACCAUUUCCCAACUUGACAGCAACGUGGCUGGCCUCUGGGAACAACAGCGGCGGUGGUGGUGGUGGUGGUAAUCCAGAGCAGACGUACGACCCCUGGGGUGGCUUCUCCAUCUGGCAGGUGGUCCUCAUCGUGAUCUUCACGGGUCUCCUCUCCCUGGUCACCAUCAUCGGCAACAUCCUGGUCCUCGUCUCCUUCAAGGUCAACCGUCAGCUCAAGACGGUCAACAACUACUUCCUCCUGAGCCUGGCCUUUGCCGACCUCAUCAUCGGGGUCAUCUCCAUGAACCUGUACACCACCUACAUCGUCAUGGGCCACUGGGCGUUGGGCAACUGGGCGUGCGACCUGUGGCUGGCCAUCGACUACGUGGCCAGCAACGCCUCGGUCAUGAACCUGCUGGUCAUCAGCUUCGACCGCUACUUCUCCAUCACCCGGCCGCUCACCUACCGGGCCAAGCGGACCACCAAGCGGGCGGCCUUCAUGAUCGCCCUGGCCUGGCUGGUGUCACUGGUGCUGUGGGCACCGGCCAUACUCUUCUGGCAGUACAUUGUCGGAGAGCGGACAGUGCCGCCGGAUAGGUGCGAAAUACAGUUCCUGUCGCAGCCCAUCAUAACCUUCUGUACCGCCGUGGCCGCGUUUUACCUGCCAGUGACUAUCAUGAGCAUCCUGUACUGGCGGAUUUACAAGGAGACGGAGAACCGAUCCAAGGAGCUGGCCGGGCUGCAGGGCUCGGGCGGGAGGUUAGGUGGCGAGCGGCCGCACUUCCACAUUCGCUCCAGCGGAGGGGGGAGCUCCAGGAGCUGCAGCAGCUUCGAGCUCGGCCGUCCGGCCCAGCGGCACAGCUCCAUGCUGGGCCUCUCCGGGCGCUUCCACUGCUGGUCGUGGAGGCCCGGGCACGGGCCAAGGCGGCGAGGAGGUCGCGCCGGCGAGGGAGACCAGGACCACAGCAGCAGCGACAGCUGGAACAACAAUGACGCCGGCGUCUCUGUCGACCACUCCGGCUCCUCGGACGAGGAUGACAGCACCAGCGCGCCCGCCACUCGUGCCAUCUUCUCCAUCGUGCUGAACCUGCCAGGCAUGAGGGCCGCCGUCAACUCCCAGGUCACGUCCUGCGAGGACCUUGACGCGGCAUCCGAGGAGGACCCCCUUCGGAUCGGAGAGGAGGAUGGCACGGAGACGGACAGCGUCUCGCAGUCUGUCAACAAUGGCAGCGGCAGCGAGGGCAGCACACUUCUAAAACACUUCUCCAAAAUGAAAGUCCAGUCGAUGCCUGCCAUACGCUCCUCUCCGACCAGCUCCGACGCCACUGCCUCGGCCGACACUAGCGCCAGCACCACCACCACCACCGCCACCAAAUCACCCUCCGUGCCCAUCUCUUUCAAAGAGGCAGCUAUGGCGCGUCGCUUCGCCGUGCGGGCGCGCAACCAGAUCACCAAGCGCAAGCGCAUGUCCCUGGUGAAGGAAAAGAAAGCAGCCCAGACACUGAGCGCCAUCCUGUUUGCCUUCAUCGUCACGUGGACCCCGUACAACAUCAUGGUGCUGGUCAACACCUUCUACCAGGACAGCAUUCCCCAGUCCAUCUGGGAAAUCGGCUACUGGCUGUGCUACGUCAACAGCACGGUGAACCCCAUGUGUUACGCCCUGUGCAACAAGACCUUCCGCACCACCUUCAAAAUGAUCCUGCUGUGUCGCUGGGAUAAGCAGAGGCGAGAAGGAAAGCAGCCGCUGCAGCAGAAACAGGCCGUCCGUUUCCACAGGAGGUUACCCAGGGACUCGACAUAA